CAAAAGAAGAAGGAUUUUCUCUCUUUUUCUUUUCUUUAGGCCGAGAGUUUCUACCCGUUGAUGUGUCAGCCAUGAACGGGAAAACUCGGAUUCUCUUUUUCCUCUCAUGUCUCUCCAUUUUAUUGGUUUUUCCAACAAGAUCUAACGGCCAAGAUUUUGCUCUGAGCUGCGGGGCAUCGGAAGCUUCAGCUGACCAAGAUAAGAAAAAAUGGGAACCAGAUACAAAGUUUUUAAAGGCGGGAAACUCAAUUCAUGCAACGGCUACAUAUCAAGACCCUUCACUUCUCUCAACAGUUCCUUAUAUGACAGCCAGAAUCUUUACAGCUCCAGCAACUUAUGAAAUCCCGAUUAAAGGAGAUAAAAGACAUUUGAUUCGGUUAUAUUUCUACCCAUCAACAUACACCGGUCUCAACAUUUCCAACUCGUAUUUCAGUGUGCAAGCUAACGAUGUUACCCUACUGAGCAAUUUCAGCGCCGCGAUUACGUGUCAAGCUUUGACACAAGCUUAUCUGGUUAAAGAAUACUCUCUUGCACCCAUCGAAAAAGAUGUUUUGAGCAUCACGUUUACUCCAUCAGAUAAAUACCGAGACACAUUUGCCUUUAUAAACGGUAUCGAGGUGAUUCAAAUGCCAGAAUUGUUUGAUACGGCAGCUCUUGUUGGUUUCACCGAUCAAACAGUGGAUGCCAAGACCGCGAAUUUUCAGUCAAUGUUUAGGCUUAAUGUUGGUGGUCAGGACAUUCCUGGAAGCCAAGACUCUGGUGGGUUGACAAGAACUUGGUAUAAUGAUGCACCUUACAUCUUUAGUGCGGGUCUUGGUGUUACACUUCAAGCAAGCAACAAUUUUAGGAUCAACUACCAGAAAAUGCCGGUGUCUAUAGCUCCAGCCGAUGUAUACAAAACCGCAAGAUCUCAAGGCCCAAACGGAGAUAUCAACCUCAAAUCCAAUCUUACAUGGAUGUUCCAAAUCGAUACGAACUUCACUUACAUUUUGAGACUCCAUUUCUGCGAAUUCCAGCUUUCCAAGAUCAACCAGAAGGUUUUCAAUAUCUACAUCAAUAACAGAACAGCGCAAGCAGAUACUAAUCCUGCAGAUAUACUCGGGUGGACAGGAGAGAAAGGAAUCCCGACUUACAAAGACUACGCGAUAUAUGUUGAUGCCAACAACGGAGGCGAAGAGAUUACUCUUCAGAUGACUCCAUCAGUUUUUGGUGAACCAGAAUAUUAUGAUUCGUCUCUUAACGGGUUAGAGAUUUUCAAAAUGGACACACUGAAAAAUCUUGCGGGUCCAAACCCCGAGCCAUCGCCUAUGCAAGCUGAGGGUGAGGUUAAAAAAGAAUUCAAGAACGAAAAGAGAAACGCUUUCAUCAUUGGUUCAGCCGGAGGAGUUUUAGCGGUUUUAGUCUGUGCGCUGUGUUUUACGGCCUAUAAGAAGAAACAUGGAUACCAAGGAGGCGACUCUCACACAUCAAGUUGGCUUCCUAUAUAUGGAAACUCUACCACAUCAGGAACCAAAUCAACCAUCUCAGGGAAGAGCAACAAUGGAAGUCACCUAUCCAAUCUUGCAGCAGGUUUAUGUCGUAGAUUCUCUUUGCCUGAAAUCAAACACGGAACUCAAAACUUCGAUGAUUCCAACGUCAUUGGAGUUGGAGGGUUUGGUAAAGUCUACAAAGGAGUUAUAGACGGCACAACCAAAGUAGCAGUCAAACGAUCAAACCCAAAUUCAGAACAAGGACUCAACGAAUUCGAGACAGAAAUCGAACUUCUCUCAAGAUUAAGACACAAACACUUGGUCUCCUUGAUAGGAUACUGCGACGACGGAGGCGAAAUGUGUCUCAUAUACGAUUACAUGGCUUUUGGAACACUCCGUGAACAUCUAUACAACACAAAGAAACCACAAUUAACUUGGAAACGAAGGCUAGAGAUCGCUAUUGGAGCUGCAAGAGGACUACAUUACCUUCACACAGGAGCAAAGUACACGAUUAUACACAGAGAUGUUAAAACAACUAACAUCCUUGUAGAUGAGAACUGGGUAGCGAAAGUUUCAGACUUUGGGUUAUCCAAAACAGGACCUAACAUGAAUGGAGGCCAUGUAACAACCGUUGUCAAAGGAAGUUUCGGAUAUUUGGAUCCAGAAUACUUUAGAAGACAACAACUGACUGAGAAAUCAGAUGUUUACUCAUUCGGAGUUGUUCUAUUCGAAAUCUUAUGCGCAAGACCAGCGUUAAACCCAAGUUUGCCUAAAGAACAAGUGAGUCUCGGAGAUUGGGCAAUGAAUUGCAAACGGAAAGGGAAUUUAGAGGAUAUAAUUGAUCCAAAUCUGAAAGGGAAGAUCAAUUCAGAGUGUUUGAAGAAAUUUGCAGACACGGCGGAGAAGUGUCUUAACGAUAGUGGAGUAGAACGGCCGACAAUGGGAGAUGUUUUAUGGAAUCUUGAAUUCGCACUUCAGCUUCAAGAAACUGCUGACGGGACUCGUCAUCGGACUCCUAAUAGUGGAGGAAGCUCCGAGGAUGUUGGCGGAGGAGGCAUGGCGGUUAACGUCGCCGGUAGAGAUGACGUGAGUGAUCUUUCCUCGGAGGAUAACACCGAGAUAUUCUCUCAAAUUGUAAAUCCCAAAGGGCGAUAAGGAUUGAAAAUAGGAAUCUGGAUAUUAAAAAAACUGAAGAUGAUUUCUUAAUAUUGAGUGGUAUUUUUUAAAAUAAUUAAUCAAAACAUUUGUAAGAUUAUAUCCCUUUGUGAUAUUACAUGUAAUCAACAAUACAUUGUAUU